GGUGCUACAACCCGGAAGUGUGUCGUCAAGCGCACAUGACCGGAACUCGAUCACAUGAUCAGUGUUUUCGAAGAAAACUUGUAUCCAUUCCAUUCACCCGGACGCGGCUGAGAUCCUGCGCUCUAUCACUAGUCUUAAGGUUGCAGUGACCUGUUAUCUGUGAGAAGUCAUGAGACUUGUGAUUCUGGACGACUAUGAUCUGGCCAGCGAAUGGGCUGCAAAGUACAUUCGCAACCGGAUCAUCCAGUUCAAACCCACCGCUGACCGCUACUUCACUUUAGGACUCCCAACAGGUAGCACACCCCUCGGCUGCUAUAGAAAGCUGAUCGAAUACCACAAGAAUGGAGACCUGUCCUUCAAAUACGUGAAGACCUUUAACAUGGAUGAGUAUGUGGGUCUGCCCAGGGAUCAUCCCGAGAGCUAUCACUCCUACAUGUGGAAUAACUUCUUUAAGCACAUCGACAUCGAGCCCCAGCACACUCAUAUACUGGACGGCAACGCCAGCGACCUGCAGGCCGAGUGUGAAGCCUUUGAGCAGCAGAUCACUGCUGCUGGUGGAAUUGAGCUGUUUGUGGGAGGCAUUGGUCCGGAUGGGCACAUUGCCUUUAAUGAGCCCGGCUCCAGUCUUGUGUCCAGGACCAGAGUGAAGACCCUGGCCAAAGACACCAUAGUAGCCAAUGCUCGUUUCUUUGGGAACGAUCUUUCCAAAGUGCCCACCAUGACUCUCACUGUUGGAGUAGGAACAGUGAUGGACGCCAGAGAGGUCAUGAUUCUGAUCACCGGGGCGCAUAAGGCCUUUGCCCUGUAUAAAGCCAUCGAGGAAGGUGUGAACCACAUGUGGACGGUAUCUGCCUUCCAACAGCAUCCACGAACCAUUUUUAUUUGCGAUGAAGAUGCGACACUGGAACUCAGGGUCAAAACUGUGAAGUAUUUCAAAGGGCUGAUGCACGUCCACAAUCAGCUAGUUGAGCCGAUGCUCAGCGUCAAGGACUACAUUGACUGAACGCGCCAGACGGGACGUCUGGAAAGACGGCCUCAAAAUCUAAUCAAGUGUGAAUGAGUGGAAACUGGUCUCAGGGACCACAGCAGUUCUGAAUGGUCAUAAAGUGUAACUGGUAGAUGUUGUACAAACAACUCUGCUUUCCUAUGGUGCCAUGUUCACACACUCCUACUUAAUCUCUGUAUUAGCCUUUAUAAUUCACUUUCAAACUACCUUACAUCCAGUAUUAACAAGAAAAGAUAAUGUUUUAGGGAAAUUAUACUAAGCAACACUCUUACUUUAACCCUUUCAGCUGAUGUUUGCUGUUUUAGAUAACACUAUCACACUCCUUCACAACAUUAAUGAAAGAAAACAUCUGUUACAACCCAUUCUGAGUAAGUGAAUAUAUCAGUUCUUCUGUACUGUAGUUUAAUCUGGAAAUACUGUUUCCACUGAUGGGCAGUUUUUUAUUAGCACACUUUAACCCACAGCUACUUAAAGUUGACUUGAAUGUGGAUUUUUUACUACAAGGCAAAUUGAAAGUGUUUUUUUUUUUUGUGGGGGGGGGGUGUUUUUGUUUAGAUGUUACGUAAAUAGUUUUCCCUAAACUCUCCAAAUUUAGGAUCUCUUCCUAUACAUAUGAACCCUCCGGGGGUUAUGAUACCCAAUCAUUUGGAGUGUCUUAUAUGCUGAUAAACACAAGUUAACAGGAAGCUGAUCUGUGAUCAGAAUUUCCUACUAAGCACAUGUAAUUUUAUACAAUUUCAGUUGACAUUUUCUUGCCUUUGAAUGAAUCCAGGUUACUUGCAGCAUGUAAAACCAGUGGGAAAUUCUGGAAAAGUGUAUUUCCAAUUUGCUUAUUCAUAUAUCGAAAAGACUUGUAUUGGCACAUCUGAGUAGAGAAGUGUGUGAAUGUUUUUCAAGUUAACUAAUUUCACACAUGAUGUGUAGUACCCAUGUAUUCUCUUUUGUUACUGUUCUUUGUGAUAUACAGGCUGUUUCAUUUCUGAAAACUAGAGGAUAAAACACAAGUCUGGACAUUUCACUUGUAUUAUAGAACACAGUUUUGUUUCAUUGCUUUCUGAAUAAAUCUGUGUUGAGAUUUUGGUGUUUCAAAA